AACCCACAACGCUGUCCUAAAAUGUUUUUCCCGCCGGAGGGUGGGAGGCAUUCGCUAUUCGAAUAAAAAUGAUGCGUCACUUUCACUAUACACACAUCUCCGUCUUUAUUUUUUCGCCAGUAUCAUCUCCGAAACCCUAGUUUCCAUCCAAUCCACGACUCUUUCACGCAAUGUUCACCGGAUUUAGACGAUAAAAAUUUGAAAUGAAAGCUGGCGGAACUUAUUCCACAUGGAUUUGAAACUCGAGAUUGAUUGAGAGUUUUGCCGGUAUUCUAUUUGUUGCACGGAUCUAUAGAGUUUGAUUAAUCAAGGUCUGUUUUUUUUUUCAAUCCUCAUAUAAAGUUUACAAGUAAUGGAUGUCCAAUCAAUUCCUCCUUCGGGAUAUUCCAAUAACAAUAAAGACAGUCGUUUGACAUCUAGAAKGUCUCCGAGCGAUGAGGAAAUGGAAGAUAAAGCGGCUGUCGUUACAGUGACAAGAGGUGUUGCGCAGAGAGUUCAAAAAACAGUAUCCGAGAAAGCUUCAGUGGAGAGGAGGUUCAGUCCAAGGCUUCAAAACCGGGAUAAAAGUAGAAUACCUUCUUAUUGCAGUACUCCGGAAAAGGAAUCGUUGGAUCCUGUAAAAGAUAAAGUUGGAAAGAGAAAAACCAAAGUUUACGAAAGGAGAGGACGUUUGACAAACAUAGGCGAUGAACAGGCACAAGAGAAUGGUUGUGAAAUUCCUGCUCCACUGGGUCCUUCUGGUGUUCAGUGUGUAGAUUCGGUCGAUCCAGGUCUAACAGGUGCUCAAGAGAAAAGUGCCUAUGCUAGGGUGAAGGAAACUUUGAGAACUUUUAAUUCACAUUACCUUCACUUUGUUCAGGAGGAGGAAAAGAGGUGCAAGAAAGUUGAAGCCAAUGAUCUGAAAGCUGACCAUGGCACAAAAUCUCAGAAGAGGAAAGCAUUGGAAGAGGAAAAUAAACGGUCUUCCAAAAGACCUGAUUUGAAGGCACUGACAAAGAUGAUGGAUACUAAAGCUAUUCUGUACCCARCAAAAAGAUUUGGUGAUCUUCCAGGCAUUGAUGUUGGGCAUCAGUUUUUUUCACGAGCUGAAAUGGUUGCUAUAGGUUUCCACAGCCACUGGCUGAAUGGCAUUGAUUACAUGGGAAAUUCCUAUAGAAAAUUGGAGGAGUAUAGUGGCUAUACCUUCCCACUUGCAGUUGCAAUUGUGUUAUCAGGCCAGUAUGAAGAUGACUUAGAUAAUUCAGAAGAUAUUAUAUAUACAGGUCAAGGGGGAAAUAAUUUGCUUGGUAAUAGGCGCCAAGUCCAAGACCAAGUGAUGGAACGUGGCAAUUUGGCCCUUAAGAAUAAUAUGGAGCAAUGUGUGCCUGUUAGAGUAACUCGUGGACACGAAUCUGCAAAUAGUUAUUGCGGCAAGGUCUACACUUACGAUGGUUUAUACACGGUCGUUCAAUAUUGGGCUGAGAAAGGUGUUUCUGGAUUCACUGUUUUCAAGUAUCGCCUAAGGCGGCUUGAAGGGCAACCAGUGUUGACUACUAACCAGGUUCAUUAUAUUAAAUCUCAUGCAUCAAGGAGUCUUGCAGACUUACGUGGGUUGGUGUGCAAGGACAUAAGUUGCGGUGAAGAAGACAUUCCUAUUCCAGCCACUAAUUUGGUUGAUGAUCCACCUAUUGCUCCCAUGGGAUUUACAUAUCGGAAGUCUAUCCAAGUUGCUGAAAGUGUAAAGCUCCCCAUGGAUGUCUCUGGGUGCAAUUGCAGAGGAACCUGUGUUGAUCCCAAAACCUGUGCUUGUGCAAGACUUAAUGGCUCUGACUUUCCAUAUGUGCGUCGUGAUGGUGGCAGAUUAAUUGAAGCUAAGGAUGUUGUAUUUGAAUGUGGACGAAAAUGUGGCUGUGGACCUGGUUGUGUCAACCGAACAUCCCAGCGUGGGUUAAAGUAUCGUUUGGAGGUCUUUCGCACUCCAAACAAAGGGUGGGCUGUUAGGUCCUGGGAUUCUAUUCCUUCAGGGGCACCUGUGUGUGAAUACACUGGAAUACUCAUGAGAACUGAUGAAUUAGAGAAUGUUUCAGAGAACAAUUACAUAUUUGAGAUUGACUGCUUACAAACAAUGAAAGGGCUCGAUGGCAGGGAGAGGCGACUAAGAGAUGUAUCUAUACCUACAACUACUAACCUGGAUAGAACAGAUGACAAGAAAUUAGAAAAUGUGCCUGAGUUCUGCAUAGAUGCAGCCUCUGUUGGCAAUGUAGCCAGAUUCAUCAAUCACAGCUGUGAGCCUAAUCUCUUUGUCCAGUGUGUUUUGAGUUCCCAUCAUGAUAUCAAACUUGCUCGAGUAAUGUUAUUUGCUGCUGACAACAUUCCCCCUUUGCAGGUAAGACAAGAGCUUACAUAUGACUAUGGUUAUGUCCUUGAUAGUGUAAUGGGUGCAAAUGGUGAGAUAAAAAAGAUGCCAUGCUAUUGUGGUGCAGUAGACUGUCGGAAACGUCUUUACUAGCCAGAAAACAUAGGUUGAGGAGUAGUUUCUAUUCCUCUUCCCCAACGACUUGAUCCCUGUGAAGUAUAAAUAAAAUCCAUGGAUCAGAUGUUUAUGAACACUUGUACACACAAAGGAAUGCUCCAGUUGGGAGACUGAAGAAUGCUCCGGUUCAAUAGAGUGGAUCUCCUGAAAGCAGAAACUCUGCCAACAGACUGAAAGUACACGUCUCAUAAAUUUAACAUACAUGUAUGCAAUAUAUUAGCAAUGAUCAGCUGGAUGCUGUGCGCUCAAAGUUUUGCAUUCGGAUUAGAUCUCCCCAAGGCAAAAGAUUGCACCAGCACUCUGAAAGCAUGAACAUCCAGUCGCACUUUGGGAAUAUCUCCUGCAUGAAGAUCAAUUGCUGCCAGUUGGGCAUUUGAUUGCAAAAUUGGUAUUUUAUUCAGGCAAAUGCUAGUAUGUGGAAAUUUAUGAUGUGAGAGCUCAACUGCGAUCAUACAACCCCUUUGCAUGAGUCCGAGUCAGUUCUGCAUAGUAUGUUUCUCCCACUACUAU